AUGCUCGCUGUCUCCGUUUGGCAUUUUUGCCUGGUGCUGGCAGCAGCCGCAGCCUGCAGUGGAAGUUGCGAAGAUGGUGAGACCAGCUUGGUGCAGGUGGGCCCUGCGGCACAUCUUGGCCAUUUGGGGCCCCAGAAGGCCGCCACUCUUGGCUUUACUGAACUUCAUCGCUGCGGAAGCUUCAAGGUACUGUCCAGCGACAGCUGCAGCGCCUAUGCAGCUGAAUGUCCUGGCUUUGUGCAUCUCUGCUGCCUCCAGGAGGGAGAGACCUGCAGCACCCAGAAGUCCACCCUAAGAGAGGGCGACACCUGUCACCCGUCCUAUGAAGGGCAGUCGCAAGCUUGCGAUCUGACUGAGCAGAAGGACGUGCGCCUUGGCUUUGGUGCUCUCCAAUCGCUUCAGCAAGCUCCCUUGGACUGGUGGCCGAAGGGCUCAAGCCUCAUGUCUCCCCAACUGGUUCUAGGCUUCAUCGUUGAAGGGCUUAGGUUCUUGCUUCCUACUUGCAUGAGCCUGCCCCCCUCUCACAACGACGGAGGAGUUGAAUUGCGUGUGGAUUUACCUGGUGGCCUCAGGGUUGUGGUUUCUGCUCCAGCUUCGUCUGCUUCCCUUGCUGCAGAGCUCCUUGGACACAUCUCGCUUUUCCAAAGCACUGCUUCCUCUGCCCGGUCUGACUUCUCGUUUGAUCUGGUGUCUGCUGCUGGUGACCCUGAGCCUGAGCGUCUUGCUACUGAGCGUGCCCCUGAGACCCGUGAUUCCAUUCUGGCUUCAUUCAGUCCUUGCCCCUCUCGGCUUUUUGUCCAUACUGGUCGUCUGUCUGGUUCGAGCCUCUCAGGUAAGGACAGGAUUCAUCGGGCUUGGCUUGCUGGUCAGUGGGCUGGCGCAGUUCGAAGUUCAAGGAUUGGCAGUCCCAACAGGACACCUGCAAUUGACCUCAGGCCUCGUUUCUACGCAGUCCUACGGGCUGAUCACUUGGAGAGACCCACAAUCUUCAAGUCUGCGGCAGGCUACUGGAGGUGCAUCGGAAGUCUGGAGAAUAGCUCUUCAAUCUCCCAGGCCUUCCCAAGUGAGCUUGAGGCGAGGAUCUACCUGGAGGCAGCUGGUGAAGUCGACGUGUCGGAUGUCGAGCCCUAUCUGUUGGAUUGGCCUACCGUGGGUGCCAUCGGUUUGUCCGAGACUCUGGCUUUGGUGGUGAUGGUUCGUCCUGGAGGUUUUCUGGUGGCUGUCCCCGUUGGAUUUAUUCCGGCCUCAGUUCUGGACGUAGGAAACGCCCCAUCCCCUCCGGGUCCUGUCGGUCCAUCCACUGUGCUCUCCGUUCCUGGCGCGGUCUUAGACAACGGCACUCUGUCUCCCACGGGUUCCUCUCUGUCUGUGGUCGUCGUGGAUUUUGCCGAGUCCCUUCUCUCUCAGCUGCACCCUCUUCCAGCCUUUUCAGAAGUUCAGUUUGCCUUCGACCCCGAGCAGCCUUAUGCAGUUCCUUCUCUUUUGGUCUUGGUGGCUCGAGUCAAGGAAUGGCUGGAGGCUGGAGGAGAAAGUGGUCCUAUGGGCUAUGUCACAGCGGUCACAGAUGUGGAGGACAUAGAUGGCGUGGAAUUAGAGGAGGGAGAUCUACCAGAGAUGGAAGGCCCUCCAGAAGCUUCGACGCCUCCGAGAACACCGAAAGAAAAGAAGCCUUCUCGGCGCACAGUUCCUGGGCCAGGGCGGCCUUCCACUGGAGAAAAGCGGCACACCGUCGCAAGCUUGGCGUCCUCCCUGCACGAGCUGAUCCAGGUGAACACAGGUCUGUCUCAACAAGUGCAAAACCUUACUCUGCGACAGCAAGAACUGGAGAAGAGGACCAUGGCUCCUUCUCAAGCGUUGGUUUCCCCCCAUGCACUUUUGCGCCGGCCCAUCUCAUCGGUGUUGGACAAUCAGUCAGCAAAGCCUUCAACCAUUGCCCAGGCGAUUGGUGCUCCCCCGCGAACAGCUGUGUCUAUGAGCCCGGGACUGUUGCAGUCUCCUUUGGUGAAGCCCCAAGAUCUACUGGAAUUGGAGGAGGAGAAAGGGACUUUUGGUGCCAGUACCAGAGGUGCACAAGGCAGAGCGAAGCUACAAGGGGAGCUAGCAGCCCAACGUGGAUCCUUCUUCAACUCGGUGUUGGCCUCUAUGGCAAGAAGAAUGCAGCCUACCAUGUCCACCGAGGGGAGCCCCGAGGAGUUGAUGAAUCGAGGCAUAUCGGGGACCAGAUACUUGGAGCGUUUCGGUGGUUUUGGGAAGCAUCGAGAAUUGGGGUACCUUCAAUUUCAGGUGAUGACAAUCAUGGACUUUUUGCAGGUGGGGAACCUACCAGCAGCUCGGGACGCUGUGUCGUUGCUGGCGGUAACGAUAGACCAGGCUGCCUUGGACAACGGAAGGUUCGACUUGGCCAACCUUCUAUCAUUACAGGAAGACCCACCGUCGCAGAUCUUCACUCAGAAGGCCCCAACGUGCUCUCAAAGGACCUACUUGAGUGCGUGUGGUGAAGCCCAGGAGGAGUUUUCUCUGUGCCCCGGCCGAUCCAGCCCUGAAUUGGCUUCUGCUUUGUUUCACCUUGAGUCUUUUUGCAUGUCUUCUCCGGCCUUGCAUACGGGUUACAUGGACGAUGAGCCUGUGCCUUUUGCGUCAAAGCCUGGACUUUUGUCGGCAGCCGAGUUCCCUGAAUUGUUGCCAUAUCGUUCCUUGGAUGCUGAUCGCUUGCGGUUGAUUGGUGAGGGACUGUGGAACAUGGAAUCCUUUCUUGACGGGCCACUUUGGCUCCCCUUUCAAGAGCCUGCCUUUUUGCGUCAUGGACUGCCUAUCUCACAUGAAGAUCUGCCCAAUUUUUCUGCGGGAAAUCCAGCCGAGUGCUUGAAGCUUGCAAAGAUUUGGGACAGACGUGGACUUUUGACUUUGUUUGCUGAACCUGCAGUGCCUGGCAUGUUUUGUAGGACUUUUAAUGCUUACAAGGACCAUGAUCGGGACCGGCAGAUUGGGGAUAGGCGUUUACCAAAUUUGAUGGAAUAUCAUAUUGAUGGCCCUUCCAAACAACUGCCCCAAGGCUCCCAGUUGACAUGCCUGCGCGUUCCCCGGUUCACGCACAUCCUGAGGGGAUCCAUCACGGAUCGUCGUGACUUCUACCACCAGGCAAAGGUCACCUUGGAACGAGCUCAGAGCAACAUGAUGCCUUUCUCAUACCCCUCCCAUGUGUUUGAUGAAACCAGAGCCAUGCAGGAUCUUGUCAUGCGUGCACGUUGCCCUGAAACGAGUCAGCGGGAGGUUGUCGGCGACAAGCUUGGCCAGCAAAGGGUUUCAAACAAGAGGAGAAAGGGAUUGCUGGUGCCUGAAAGGUUGUAUCCUUGUUUUUCCUCGCUCUUUCAAGGAGAUCACUUGGGUGUUGAGUUUGCCCUCAGAAGCCAUAGCUUGUUGCUUGAGAAUCAUGGACUUCUCUUGCCUCAGCACCGCUUGUUGGGAAACCGUCCUGUGCCUGCCGGUCCUUGUUGGGAUGCACUUGUGAUUGAUGACUAUUUUGCAAUUGGCUCUCAACGCCUUGGCAGUGACCCCAGAUUAGGUUUUGCCCAUGUUGCUCUUGACGUUGCAAGGAAGGUUUAUCAUGAUGAAAGGCUGUUGGGCUCGGAUGAGAAAGAUGUGGUUGCCAGUUUUGAAUUCAAAGCUGCAGGCGCCGAAGGGCGUUCCUGCCCAAUGAAUGCUAGGUGUCCCCAGGUGCACAAGCUCCCCCGACCCAUUGCUUGCGAGCUGGUCUCCUUGUCGGCAGUUGCUCCCUUGAUGUUUUCCAAUGUGGCUGUGGACUUUCUUGGAGAAGCCUUCGCCUCGGAUGCCUCCAAUCAGAAAGGGGCAAUUGUGUCAACAUGCGUGGAUGAGCAGGUGCAUGAGUCUGUAUGGCUUUGUGCUGACAAGAAAGGCUCUUACACCCACUUGGACAAUGACUUCCGAGCUAUCUUGCGCCAGGUUGGUGAAGUUGAUGACGACUGUGAAGCUGCUUGCCCUGGUUUUGUUCAGGAACCAAUCCGUAAGCAGCCCCUCAUGUAUUUCGAUUUUGUUGAGAUCUGUGGUGGGGCUGGAAAAGUGAGUGAUGCAGUGCGCAACAUGGGCCAUUCUGUAGCGCCUGUGCUGGAUCUCUCCAACAGCAGACACUAUGACUUGUCUUGCCUUCGGCUUUUGGAAUGGAUUAUUUACAUGUUGGAGGAGAGCCGGUUCCGUAGUUUCCUGAUUGCUCCACCCUGCACCAGUUUCAGCCCGGCUGCUCACCCAGCUGUUCGCAGCUACAAGCAACCUCUUGGCUUUGACAGGUUGAAUCCAAAGACCCUCCGAGGAAACAUCUUGGCUUUUAGAGCACUGCUCCUUCUGAGGGUUGGCAAGAGGUAUCGACGUCCAUGCGGUCUCGAACAAAGCCGACUCAGCAAGAUGUGUUGGUUGGAGCUUUGGAUUUGCUUGCGCACACAGGGUUUUCUGGAGGCUGUCAUUGCAUCAUGUGUUUUUGGAUCAAUCCACCGCAAGGAAUUCCGUUUGCUUUGUUACCUGCUUGAUGUUGAGUUCCUUGACCGCCGUUGCCCUGGAGGCCAUGCACAUGUGAGGGUUGAAGGGUCUUACACAAAAGCCUCAGCAGUUUAUGUCGAUGGACUUGCUUGGCACUUGGGUUUGGCCUUCCACAAGGCGCUGCGAGCUUUGGACCUUGCUGAUGACCUCUCUCCUAGUGUUGAUGGACUUGAGACCCCUCUUGCAAAUGAUCUCAUGGCUGCCUCAAGCUGGAAAACUGUCCGGUCAUGGUUUUGGAAGAAAGCUGCGCACAUCAAUGUUCUUGAGCUUGCUUCAGCUGUGUCAAACCUUGGCUCCGUGGCAAAGAAGCAUUCCUCAGUCAGGUUUGUGAAUUUCCUUGACUCUGCGGUGUGCCGUGGUGCCCUGGCAAAGGGAAGGUCUGCCUCCUAUGCCCUGCAGCCUGGACUUAAAAGAGCUUGUGCCCUUUGCAUUGUGGCUGAUCUGUACCCUGCUUGGCCUUUUUCUCCUACCCGGUUGAAUGUGGCUGAUGACCCGUCCAGGGAACUUGAACCCAGGGAGCCUGCUGCAAACUCGAUUGUCAAAGCUGGUGGACUUCCCCUACUGAUGCAACUGAUCCAAGGUCUUCGACGUCAUGCUGCGAACUGGGUCCGUCUUGUCUUGCUGGUUUCCCUUGUCCCUCCUUCCACUGCAUGCGAUGGCCCUGUGGAUUCGUCACCAGAGGCCCCAAAGACGCUGCAGACCUCCGAGCCAGACGUGCCCAGCGCGGUGCAGCAGCUCGUGGCGGUCGUCAUGGGCAACUACUCCGCAGACUUGGCGUGGCAGCCACCGGCGGAGACGGGCGGCCUUAGUGGUCUCUACUAUGAGGUGACGGCCAUAGCAGAUCACCAGCUGGUUCAAACCACCACGGAGACCUUUGUCACCAUAGAGACAUUGUUUGGCAGCCGUGCCUACAACGUCUCGGUUGUCGCCUGCAACACUUUGGGUUGCGGUGCUGCAUCCACCAUCUCCAACCUACAGACAGCGGCCGCCGAGGAUCAAGCCCUUUUAGCCGGACAAGCGGCCUCAGUAGCUGCUAUUGCAGCAGGCCUCACAGCAGAACAGGCUGCACAAGCAGCAGGUGCAGCAGCAGCCAGCACUGCACAAAAUGUAGGUUUGUCGCCUGAGUUGCAAACCAGCUUGGCAGCAACCGCAGCCGCACAAGCUGCGAACGUGAACCAACUAAGUGCACAGAAGCAAGCAGAACUGGCAGGAGAAGCAGCUGCAUCAGCUGCAUCAGCAGGAGCACUAGCAGUAGCAAACAUGAGCAUGACCGAACUUGCAUCGGCAGCAGGUUCGGCUGUUUUGUUUGUGGGACGCCAAGCUGGACUCACACCUGAGGAACUUGCAGUGUUGGCCGCCCAAUCUGCUACAGCAGUGCUCCAGCAACACUACAAUGCUUCUGUGUCGCAGCAAGCGCAGGUAGCAAGCGCAGCAGUUGCUGUUGCAUUGACAAAUGCAAGCCUGACACCUGCAGAAGAAGCGCUGUUGACGGGUGCCUCUGUUUUAACAGCCUUGAGGAGUGGUUCUGGGUGUGAUGCAGAGCUGGUAGCACACGCAGGUGAAGCUGCCCAAUCUGUUGCAAGCAGGACAAGCAUGAACGUGAGUGACCAAGCAGCCACAUCAGGACAAGCCGCAGCACAAGCAGCUGCAAACUGCAGCAUGUCACCAGCCAUGCAGGCACAACUAGCUGGAGCUGCUGCAGCCGCAGCAGGUGCAACUGCAAACCUUUCUAGCGACGAACAAACAGCCUUGGCCGGGCAAGCGGCUUCAGUAGCUGCUAUUGCAGCAGGCCUCACAGCAGAACAGGCUGCACAAGCAGCAGGUGCAGCAGCAGCCAGCACUGCACAAAAUGUAGGUUUGUCGCCUGAGUUGCAAACCAGCUUGGCAGCAACCGCAGCCGCACAAGCUGCGAACGUGAACCAACUAAGUGCACAGAAGCAAGCAGAACUGGCAGGAGAAGCAGCUGCAUCAGCUGCAUCAGCAGGAGCACUAGCAGUAGCAAACAUGAGCAUGACCGAACUUGCAUCGGCAGCAGGUUCGGCUGUUUUGUUUGUGGGAAGCCAAGCUGGACUCACACCUGAGGAACUUGCAGUGUUGGCCGCCCAAUCUGCUACAGCAGCGCUCCAGCAACACUACAAUGCUUCUGUGUCGCAGCAAGCGCAGGUAGCAAGCGCGGCAGUUGCUGUUGCAUUGACGAAUGCAAGCCUGACACCUGCAGAAGAAGCGCUGUUGACGGGUGCCUCUGUUUUAACAGCCUUGAGGAGUGGUUCUGGGUGUGAUGCAGAGCUGGUAGCACACGCAGGUGAAGCUGCUCAAUCUGUUGCAAGUAGGACAAGCAUGAACGUGAGUGACCAAGCAGCCACAUCAGGACAAGCCGCAGCACAAGCAGCUGCAAACUGCAGCAUGUCACCAGCCAUGCAGGCACAACUAGCUGGAGCUGCUGCAGCCGCAGCAGGUGCAACUGCAAACCUUUCUAGCGACGAACAAACAGCCUUGGCCGGGCAAGCGGCCUCAGUAGCUGCUAUUGCAGCAGGCCUCACAGCAGAACAGGCUGCACAAGCAGCAGGUGCAGCAGCAGCCAGCACUGCACAAAAUGUAGGUUUGUCGCCUGAGUUGCAAACCAGCUUGGCAGCAACCGCAGCCGCACAAGCUGCGAACGUGAACCAGCUAAGUGCACAGAAGCAAGCAGAACUGGCAGGAGAAGCAGCUGCAUCAGCAGGAGCACUAGCAAACAUGAGCAUGACCGAACUUGCAUCGGCAGCAGGUUCGGCUGUUUUGUUUGUGGGAAGCCAAGCUGGACUCACACCUGAGGAACUUGCAGUGUUGGCCGCCCAAUGUGCUACAGCAGUGCUCCAGCAGCACUACAAUGCUUCUGUGUCACAGCAAGUGCAGGCAGCAAGCGCGGCAGUUGCUGUUGCAUUGACGAAUGCAAGCCUGACACCUGCAGAAGAAGCGCUGUUGACGGGUGCCUCUGUUUUAACAGCCUUGAGGAGUGGUUCUGGGUGUGAUGCAGAGCUGGUAGCACACGCAGGUGAAGCUGCUCAAUCUGUUGCAAGUAGGACAAGCAUGAACGUGAGUGACCAAGCAGCCACAUCAGGACAAGCCGCAGCACAAGCAGCUGCAAACUGCAGCAUGUCACCAGCCAUGCAGGCACAACUAGCUGGAGCUGCUGCAGCCGCAGCAGGUGCAACUGCAAACCUUUCUAGCGAAGAACAAACAGCCUUGGCCGGGCAAGCGGCCUCAGUAGCUGCUAUUGCAGCAGGCCUCACAGCAGAACAGGCUGCACAAGCAGCAGGUGCAGCAGCAGCCAGCACUGCACAAAAUGUAGGUUUGUCGCCUGAGUUGCAAACCAGCUUGGCAGCAACCGCAGCCGCACAAGCUGCGAACGUGAACCAACUGAGUGCACAGAAGCAAGCAGAACUGGCAGGAGAAGCAGCUGCAUCAGCAGGAGCACUAGCAAACAUGAGCAUGACCGAACUUGCAUCGGCAGCAGGUUCGGCUGUUUUGUUUGUGGGAAGCCAAGCUGGACUCACACCUGAGGAACUUGCAGUGUUGGCCGCCCAAUCUGCUACAGCAGUGCUCCAGCACCACUACAAUGCUUCUUUGUCGCAGCAAGCGCAGGUAGCAAGCGCGGCAGUUGCUGUUGCAUUGACAAAUGCAAGCCUGACACCUGCAGAAGAAGCGCUGUUGACGGGUGCCUCUGUUUUAACAGCCUUGAGGAGUGGUUCUGGGUGUGAUGCAGAGCUGGUAGCACACGCAGGUGAAGCUGCUCAAUCUGUUGCAAGUAGGACAAGCAUGAACGUGAGUGACCAAGCAGCCACAUCAGGACAAGCCGCAGCACAAGCAGCGGCAAACUGCAGCAUGUCACCAGCCAUGCAGGCACAACUAGCUGGAGCUGCUGCAGCCGCAGCAGGUGCAACUGCAAACCUUUCUAGCGAAGAACAAACAGCCUUGGCCGGGCACGCGGCUUCAGUAGCUGCUAUUGCAGCAGGCCUCACAGCAGAACAGGCUGCACAAGCAGCAGGUGCAGCAGCAGCCAGCACUGCACAAAAUGUAGGUUUGUCGCCUGAGUUGCAAACCAGCUUGGCAGCAACAGCAGCCGCACAAGCUGCGAACGUGAACCAACUGAGUGCACAGAAGCAAGCAGAACUGGCAGGAGAAGCAGCUGCAUCAGCAGGAGCACUAGCAAACAUGAGCAUGAGGGAACUUGCAUCGGCAGCAGGUUCGGCUGUUUUGUUUGUGGGAAGCCAAGCUGGACUCACACCUGAGGAACUUGCAGUGUUGGCCGCCCAAUCUGCUACAGCAGUGCUCCAGCACCACUACAAUGCUUCUUUGUCGCAGCAAGCGCAGGUAGCAAGCGCGGCAGUUGCUGUUGCAUUGACAAAUGCAAGCCUGACACCUGCAGAAGAAGCGCUGUUGACGGGUGCCUCUGUUUUAACAGCCUUGAGGAGUGGUUCUGGGUGUGAUGCAGAGCUGGUAGCACACGCAGGUGAAGCUGCUCAAUCUGUUGCAAGUAGGACAAGCAUGAACGUGAGUGACCAAGCAGCCACAUCAGGACAAGCCGCAGCACAAGCAGCUGCAAACUGCAGCAUGUCACCAGCCAUGCAGGCACAACUAGCUGGAGCUGCUGCAGCCGCAGCAGGUGCAACUGUAAACCUUUCUAGCGAAGAACAAACAGCCUUGGCCGGACAAGCGGCCUCAGUAGCUGCUAUUGCAGCAGGCCUCACAGCAGAACAGGCUGCACAAGCAGCAGGUGCAGCAGCAGCCAGCACUGCACAAAAUGUAGGUUUGUCGCCUGAGUUGCAAACCAGCUUGGCAGCAACCGCAGCCGCACAAGCUGCGAACGUGAACCAACUGAGUGCACAGAAGCAAGCAGAACUGGCAGGAGAAGCAGCUGCAUCAGCAGGAGCACUAGCAAACAUGAACGUGACGCAAAUUGCGACGGUGGCUGCCAGUGCAGCUGAAAGUGUUGCCCUGGAGGCAGGCCUUUCUCCAUCGCAGGCGUCGCAACUUUCAAGUGAUGCCUUAGAGUUGGCUGAGGAGCGUGCGGAUUGCCAAUUGACCACCAGGGAUGAGCUGCGCUGCCUUCACAGGUGCAUGGCCCAGAGGCUGCUGAUGACAUUGGAUACCUCCGAUCUCUUGAGCUGCAGUGGCAGCUUUGACGAGACCCGAGUGGCGGACGAACUGGUUUUCCAGAUGGAUUUCGGGAGCCGCCCAGCCAACUUCGCCCAGCGCCUUCUACUGGCUUUGGGCGAUCUCGCGCGCGGUGGAAACGUCGGGCUGGCAGGGCUGCGCAGCGGCUCCGUGCGCGUGGCGCUGGCGGUGUCAGGCACCGGGUCUGCAGAGGACUUCGCAGACCUGGAGGUGCUGCUUUCAGAUGUCGACCAGUUGAAGACAUUGGAUUCGGAUCUUUUCGCCACUGUCCAGGACACCACAACCACCUCAAGCACCGCCACCUCGACCCAAACGACUUCAUCGGCUCUUGAAGACUCCACUUCGAGGCCCACAACGUCCACGUUGGCCGCCUCUUCUUCGACCUUGACGGUCAGCAGCGGCAACGUGACCAGCACCGGCCCUGCGACCUCGACCGUCGCCACAUCCGAGAUGACCACGUGGACGACGACGACGAGUGCAGAUGAGGGCAACGAGAGCGACGGGAGCGACGGGAGCAAUGAGAGCAAUGCGUCGAUUGGAGAGAAUCGUUGGGGGAGUGACCUGGGCUUAUCCCAAGGAAAAGUUGGCUCACCCGAGGGGUAG